AGUCCUUCAGUCGUCGGGUGGCUCUCGGAAGGAGUCCACGCGUGCCCCGGGCUCCUACGCAUUCUUUGGCACAGUUUCACGGGACGCAGAAGGGAGAAGCGAAGGAAAAACCCAGCCCCCUUCUACCCAAACCACACCCCAGGCAACCAGUCACCCCAUCAACUCCCCAGAAGCCAAAGGAACCUCUACAGCCUCCUCGAUCCUACAAAAUUCCCCGGAAACCCACGAUCCUCCUUUUGUGGUAUUGGAUCCCCUAUCGGCGUGGUCUAAAGGGGAUCGAGACGGUUUGAAGGAUCGGAUCGUGUUUCUGAUGGAGGCUUCAAGGUCGUGCGUGAGGGGAAUGGCCAGGAUCGUGCUCGUGACCUUGAUGGCGGUGGCGUUCUGCAGGCCGGCGUCGUGUCAGGGGGUCAGUGGAGGGGUCGGCGCCCCUGCUGGCGGGGGAAUCAACCUGCCCAUCCCCAUUCCUACCUCACUCUGGUUCUACGAUGGGUCGGACCUCACGAUCGACUCCUGCGACCGGGACGAAACGGAGAUCAACGGAACUUGCUACGACCUCCUGACGCAAGGCCCGUGCCAGCCCUCGGAUUUUGUGCUGCUCGACCCCGCCACGCUGGAGGGAUACUGCGCGGCCAGGCUCUGCGCGCCCGACAGGAUCUUUGUGUUUAGUGAUCAGCUGUGUCACGACCCCUUCAGUAACACCCACUGCCCAGGCGACCUAGAGCUCUUCCAAACCGCCUUCGGGACCCCAAUCUGCCAGUGCCCGGACGGCUACCUCGAGUUGGGCAGAGGGCGCUGCGUACCCCCGCUCACCCCCUCCGUCGCCUGCCCCCCCGGCCAGGUGCUAUGGACUAACACCACGCGGCUCCCCCAGGUGUGUGCCCCCGACCCCUGCGGCAGACUUAACCUGGAGCGGCCGUUGCCCUCCCCGCCCUUCGUGCCGGCCCUGCUUGACGGCGCCUGCUACCAACUAGGACAGGGGCUGGGCGUGUGUCCCCCGGGUUCCUUCUACGCCCUCAACCUAGAGCUAUGGAGGGGCGUCUGCUCCCCUCUGGAAGAUGCCGGUUUUGUCACCCUGGACGCAGCCACCAUCCAGCUCUACAUGCAACUCUACGGUCACUUCACACCACUAGACCACGCCCUCCUCAUGCCCAUGCCCCUCCUCCCGCCCCCUCAGGCACAGGGCGCGGGGCAUGAGGCUGACGCUGGGCAUGGGCUGGUGGGGGUGAGGCAUCCAGGGGGGAGUGUUGUGAGUGAGACCAGUGUUGGGGGAGUGGCGAUUUCUGGGCCAAGGGGUCAGGAAGGGGAGAUGCUUGCUGGGGAGGAGAUUGAGGGGGGUGAAGGUGUGGGGAGACUUAAGCACCCCUCCCAGCACCCCUCCCAGCACCUCUCCCGGUCGCGGCACCCCUUCCAGUUCACGCCCCCCCAGUACAACGAUCACUACAUCCGUGGGAACAACCUCGGCCCCGCUAGACACUACAAAUUCAGGACGCUCAGCAAACACUUCUGGCCCUCACGCCUCGACCUGACCCGCCUGCAUGAGUCCCGCGGCCACAAACACAUCAUUCGCCCACGCCCGCACAAACCGCUCCGCCCCACGCCCACCAGCAAGACGGGAGAGAUUCAAACACGACUCCAAGCUCAAACUUUCCUCUCUAAGAAUUUGAAGGGCUUGCAAGACCGACUAGCUGAGACCCGCGAUGCUGAUGAUGAUAAUGAGUCUUCAGAUGUGCAGGAGAGCGGCGCCGCCAGGACAGACACCCGGACAGAGAGGAGGCACAGCGGACGGCGGGGUAAGAACGAGGCGCGGGCUGUGGGGCGGCAGCGGCGGGCCAUGCAGAGCAGCGGCGGCGUGCUGGAGACGCGCCUCGUGAGCUGCAGGCCCGGAGCGCGGCGACACGUCAACGCGAAAUGCCGCCACACGUUGCUCCCGUUCUUUUCCUUGCCUGCCUCCACCUUCGAGCAGGCCCCAGGUGUGGAGACAGAUGUGCUGAGGAGGAGGAGAAGGAGUGUUUUCGAACGCCCCCCCUCCUGCCCCGUGAACACGACCCUAGAUAUCUCGGGCCGGUGUAGGACCGUCCCCUCCUUCCACGACCUCCGCUCAGCCCUGUCCUCUCACAUGGCCCAGGGAAGACCUCUACCCGCGAGAUUAUCUUUAGAUCGUUAAGAUGUGGAGAGAGAGAGAGAGAGAGAGAGAGAGAGAGACGAGAAACGAGAAGAAACAGAAAGAUGGAGAGAAACAAACAAAGACACAGAGCAAAAAAAUGAGAAACACAGACACGGAAAAGGAAACAUAAAUAAAUACACAGAAAUAUAUACAAAGAAUAGAGAAACAGAAAUACAGAAAAUUCCUACACUCCAUGACUCUCGAAGGAACACACACACACACACACACACACACACACACACACACACACACACACACACACACACACACACACACACAAAAACACACACACACACACACACACACACACACACACACACACUCACACACACACACACACACACACACACACACUCACACACACACACACACACAUACACACACACACACACACACACACACACACACACACACACACACACACACACGAUACCCCCCUCUUCUUCCCCUCCUUUAGUAAUAAUAAUAAUAAUAAUAAUAAUAAUAAUAAUAAUAAUAAUAAUAAUAAUAAUAAUAAUAAUAAUAAUAAUAAUAAUAAUAAUAAUAAUAAUAAUAAUAAUAAUAAUAAUAAUAAUAAU